UGAUGGGCCAGGCACCACACCUUCUUCCUUACUUAGAGGCAGAACUCACACCAUCCCUGCUGGUCCGGUACCUUCCACCUUUCCCCUCCCAAUGCUUGCCCUCAGUCCCACCUACUGCAGGUUCUUUUCAUUUCCUCUGCUUCUAUUUUUGGUGGAAAGGGGAGCAGUUGCUCACCACUAACCAUACAAUAACCCUUCCGAGUCUGUUAUUAGGCAUCCUCGGGGCUGCUAUAUUUACCUUCUAAUAAACCCAAGCUUUCCUGCUCUGCUGUCCCAGGGCUGCCUGAAGCUGUAAAGGGAGGCCCCCACCGUAAGCCUCCUGCCGGCUGGGCCAGGCAGUGAGGAAGAAGGGAGGGCACGCACAGCCGGGCGCAGCUGGAGAAUAAUCGCCUGAUUUAGCGGGAAAACCCGAGGCAGGUGAAACAGGUGCUGCCGAAUCUGGUUGGUCAGGGCGGAUCGGAGAGAGCUUUCAAAACACAUUGUCCAGGGCUUAGUGACCUGCAACGACAGGGUCCUUCUCCCUGUCUGCGCUGUCCUCUUGACGGCUGCUGAUUCCCAGGCUUGGGAGACCCCCAGUGGGUAGCUCAUGCCGCCGAGACACCCCAGCUUAGAGGACUGGGGGACAGGUUGGCUCCUCCAAAGGGAGAUUUGGGUCAGCUUUAGAGUAAGGUUGGAGUCGCCCCCAGUCCUCGCAGAAGUCACCUCCCGGAGACAGACUCCUCUCGGGGCUGAGCUGGGCUUUGGGAGGGGAGGAAGUACUAGUAUUGCUAGCUGGAGGCAACAGGGCCAGAACUCUGACUUAAGUGCGAGGGCAUAGAGGGGGGUGGAUUUUGGGGAGCUCCCCGGCUGGGAAACUGUGCUUGGGAAACGGGGACAAAGGGAGGCACUGCAGCUGGAACCCGAGCCAAAAUCACCACCCAGAGCGGGUCUGGCAAGGCCCCUGGCUGCACCGUGGCACGCCCAGCCCCGGCAGCUUUGUGGGGUGCUGCCGCGGGUCCUUACCACGCUGCCUCGGCCAGAGCUCCCCCGGGCUCUCCUGGCACCACCCGCUCCCCUCCAUUCUCCGGCUCAGGGGAUCCGAUUGGUGAAGCCGAGGCCCUUUGCCCAGGCUCAGAAGGAGCGUAUCUGGUGUUUUUAGCGUCUACAGUCGGAGAUAGGCCUUAUCUCAACUCAUUAGAUGAGGAAUUCUCCCCAAAUAGGAAGACACUGGCUGGUUAAAAGUGCAUGCUUUUGGGGUCCCAGGAGUGAAAGCCGUGAAGCAAUCACUCAGCCUUCAUCCACUGAACUUUAUUGGGCACGAACUGUGAGCCAAGCAGCAGGAAGGUGCUUUUCCAUCCUCAGUGUCCUCUGGUCCCCACCAUAACCUUGGGAGCUUGUGGGGACACGGAGGAUGUCAGAUAGCAGUGUUAGUCGUGAAAGGGGCUCAGAGCUCAGGCCAAGAGGCUUGGAGGUGGGAGAGGAUGCUACCUUUCCGGAGAGGCAGCCCACGUGGCCUCUCAAGACAGUGUCCUUGGGGGAAAUUGGGACCAGGAUGACGAUGACGUCCUCUUGCCAUCCCCACUUCCCUCCUCCUCCCUUCUGUAUCACACGAUGACCUGGCCAUCUUCAGUGUGGGGACGAGGAAAUGCGAGGUGUUUCCCUUGCCCAGGGUCCAGCCGACCCCUCGGUACUGACGACCCGGCCUUUCUGCCUCUCCCUGCAGCCGCUAAGCACCACUGGCGUCCUGAGUUCGUCCUCCACCACUUCCAACAGGUCGAGGAAUAGGGCUCGCUACCGGACCAAAGCCGUGAGCUCCGAGGUGGAUGAGAGCCUCUUCGGAGGGGUCAAGGUAACUCCUCAGGCCCAGAGCGACAGCCCCAUUGUGGUCCUCCGAGAUAAGCAUGCCAUUCGGAAAACCCUCACUGCCCUGGGCUUGGAAAACAAGCCGGAGACCAUCCAGCUCAUCACCCGGGACAUGGUCCGGAAGCUCAUCGUUCCCGCCAAGGAUCCCUCUGGGGAGUCCCUCAUCAUGAGCCCUGAGGAGUUUGAACGCGUCAAAUGGGCAUCCCACCUGCUGACCAGAGAAGAGCUCGAGGCCAGGGAGCAGGCCUUCAAGAAGGAGAAGGAGGCCAUCGUGGACGCGGUGACCAAGCGCAAGAAGAUCAUGAAGCAGAAGGAAAUGGUGUGGAGAAACAACAAGAAGCUCAGUGACCUAGAGGAGGUGGCCAAGGAGAGGGCCCAGAACCUCCUGCAGAGAGCCAACACCUUGCGCAUGCAGCAGGAGGAGGAGCUCAAGGACAUGAGCAAGAUCAUCCUCAAUGCCAAGUGCCAUGCCAUCCGGGAUGCCCAAAUCCUGGAGAAGCAGCUGAUUCAAAGAGAAUUGGAUGCAGAGGAAAAGCGGUUGGAUCAGAUGAUGGAGGUGGAACGACAGAGAUCCAUUCAAAGGCAGGAGGAGCUGGAUAGGAAGAGGAGGGAGGAAAGAAUCAGAGGAAGACAGCAUAUUGUGGAACAGAUGGAAAAGAACCAGGAGGAGCGGUCGCUGCUUGCCGAGCAGCGGGAGCAGGAGAGGGACCAGAUGCUGGAGUACAUGGAACAGCUCCAGGACGAGGAUCUAAGGGACAUGGAACGGAGGCACCAGCAAAAACUAAAGAUGCAAGCUGAGAUUAAGCGCAUUAAUGAUGAAAACCAGAAACAGAAGGCAGAGCUGCUGGCUCAGGAGAAACUGGCAGACCAGAUGGUGAUGGAGUUCACCAAGAAGAAGAUGGCUCGAGAGGCAGAGUUUGAGGCUGAGCAGGAGAGAAUACGGAGGGAGAAAGAGAAGGAGAUCGCCCGUCUGAGGGCCAUGCAGGAGAAGGCCCAGGAUUACCAGGCAGAGCAGGAUGCCUUGCGGGCCAAGCGCAACCAGGAGGUUGCAGACAGGGAGUGGCGCAGAAAGGAAAAGGAAAAUGCGCAGAAGAAGGUGGAGACAGAAGCCAAACUGCGUAAAAGCCGGUUGGAGCAGGUGGCUUUCAAGGAGCACGCUCUGGCCGUUCAGGUGCAACGGGACCGGGAUGAGUUCGAGAGGAUUCUUCGGGCUCAGAGAGAGCAGAUUGAGAAGGAGCGGCUGGAGGAGGAGAAAAAGGCCACCGAGCGCUUACGGCAUGCCAACGAGCUCAGGCGCCAGGUACGUGAGAACCAGCAGAAGCAGGUGCAGGACCGCAUUGCCACCUUCGAGGAGGGCCAGCGCCUCAAAGAGGAGGCCCAGAAGCGGCGUGAGCACAUUGAUGACAUCAAGAAGAGAAAGAUUGAAGAGCUGAGAGCCACCGGCCUUCCUGAGAAGUACUGCAUUGAAGCGGAGCGCAAAGCUAACAUCCAGCCAGCUGCCUCUGUGAAAUGAGGGGAGUCUCCGUGUCCCCAGGGGUGCCUGCAGGGGACAGGCUCUGCCCAGUCUCUGGGCAUCCAUAACUGCCGCUAACCUAGACAUUUUAUAGUUACAGAUUAAAUUUAUUCCACUUCAUUAAGCAA